AUGGGGAAACACCUCGCUCACCUGACAAUCCUCGAAGACUUCUUCAAGACCAACACUGGCUCAAACGAGAGAGACACCCCGCUCACCCAAACCAAACAAGUUGAGUUUGUCAAUGAAGCGUUUUGUCGUGGAGCAAGCUGUAGUGGGCCAUAG